UCAGGUGGAGGAAUCAUUUGCCUUCAGAGCAGCCAACAUGCAGCUGAUGCAUCCUGAGUUUGCAGUUGUUUUAGGAAUUGUUCUACUUCAGAUACAGAGUAUAAGGAUUUCCACUCAGGCUUAUGGAUGUUUGGCUUCAGUCGAGACCUGCAUGUCAGAUUUAUGCAGCUGUGAGCGGGCAUAUAUUGCUGGCAACUGUGAGGGUGACAGGUGCCAAAUAAAAGGCUCAGGGGGCUGUAACUUGACCAUCCAGACUGUACUGGACCAAUUUCCAUCACUGCAAGGGUGUGUGUGUACAUGGGAGGUGGAGCUCUGUGACUCCAUACAAGAACUGGCCACACAAUGCCUCCAAAAGCCAGGAAAUCAGCAGAGGAGGAUCCCAGUGAUUGACUGGAAAUCAAGUACUUUAGUGGACAACGCAUAUGAUCGUUCUGGAUCCUGUGUGGACCGAAUUGGUCUUUGUGUGAGUGAGUCUGUCUGCAACAGGCACCUCACACCUGUUCUUCAGGCAUGCAUGACUGAUCGGUGCGACAGUGGAAGAUGUCGGCAGGAAAUUCAGCAGUUCUAUGGAGGCAUGCCCCUACAGUGUGCAGAAAUGCUGGUGAUGUGCAAAUGUGAUGAUUCAGAUCAGAGUUGUCUGCUCAUGAAAACCGGUCUCCAGAGUGGGGCAUGUGGAGCAGAGACAAGAAUCUGCCAAGAAAGGCUCACUCAGUGUGCUCAGGACAGUAAGUGCAGAAACCUCUUAAAAACUCUCCAAGUUAAAUGCUGGAACCACGAUGAAACACUAUGCAAUGAAAGAAAUCUCCAAGAAAAUGAAUGCUUCACUCUAAAGGAUCCAGCUCUUAUCCUCGGUGCAAACUCUGAGUGUAAAAGAGCCUUCUUGGCUACCCUGGGCACAGUGCUUCACCACCCUUGCACAUGCAAAGGAGUCCACAAUGAUCAUCUUCAGAUGUGCAACAUGAUUCUUGAAGUAUUUCAUAACAGACUGCACUUCAUAAAAUUAGAGGAAAGCAGCAAUUGUACUUCGAAAUCACCCGAAAUCAAUGAGUCUGAGCAAGUUCAUAUGUGGUCAUAUGGUUUCCUUUUGCAUCUUUUUUCAGCUCUGUUUCUUGCUGGAGUAGUCAUAUUUUCCUCUCUGGUUUUUGUCAGUAAGAUUUGGUUGAAAAGGAGGAAUAAAAAGGAACUUAAUCAUCCAAAAAAAGCAAACCAUUGUGUUUUAUAAUGUUAUAUAUAUAUCCAUGGUGUUUUGUUUCUGUAUAUCUUGAUAUAUAAUGUGGCUCAGUUUAUCAAACAGCUGUUAUUCACUCCUAUGUUUUGUACUUUUGUGAUGAUUAAUGGAACAAAGUUUGGAUGUUCUAUGCAUAUAAAAUGUCUGAUUUGAUGUAGCAUUUAAGUUGUAUUGGAAUAAGAAAAGCCUUUAUAUUAUUUGAAGCUAUCUACAUCACUUUGUAGUUUUUGGCUGGGGGAUGUGUAGAGCAGUGGUUUUCAAACUCUAUUCUAAGGAUGCACUGUCUUGUGUGUUUUACAUUUGUCUCUGCUCCUGCACACCUGCAUCAAAUGAUUGCAUUCCCUUCUCAGCAGCCACCAGGGGCUGCAUAGGCCUGCUAAUCACCCACUGAUUUAAGUCAGGUGUAUGGAGGCAGGGAAACACAUAAAACAAAAAGGACAGCUGAGACAAUGUUUAAAAACCAGUGGUGUAGAGUGCUGCAUCUUUCACCAGAAUCCUUUCAACUUUAAGUAGACUGUAUCUGGAGUGAGCUGCUUGUCAUGUUGCAGAAUACAUUCUCUACCUUUUUUGCCAUUAAAAAGUAUUGAAACCCUCUAUACUUUUUUAUGUUCACACGAAAUUUGCAAUAUAUCUUAUGGAUUGUUCCCAUAUUUAGCAAGGCAGGUCAUGCAUAAUUAUGAAGAGGAAGGAAAAUGGUUUAUGUUAUUGUCAGAAUUACUGGCCAAAAGACUCGGAUGAUCUCUGUAGAUAGGAUAACCUGGCUUUUCAUGCUGUUUUGUUGCUCAGGCAAAGCAGACACCUACUGUAUAGUUAUUGUAGAGGACUGGCUAAAGAGGAUCUGUGCAUGCCAGCUUUGCAAUUGAUGCACAAUUCAAUUUAUCAUGAGAAUUAUCUCAAUUUGCUGUGUUUAAUUCUGUCGUCUUGCUCAAAGAUGAAUUUCUCAGCCUCUUACAGGUUUGUUCUUGUAUUGGCUAUUUUCUAGGGCUGCUUAGCAGAACAGUACUGUAGGUAGCACUGCUGACUUGCAACAAGAAAGUUGGGUUCGAUUCCCGGGUUUGAUUCCUGGCCUGGGGUCUUUCUGCAUGCAGUUUGCAUGUUCUCCCUGUGCAUGCGUGGGUUCUCUCCGGUUUCUUCCCUCAGUCCAAAAACAUGACUGUAAGGUUGAUUGGCUUUGCCAAAUUCUCCUUAGGUGUGAGUGUGCAUGGUUGUUUGUCCUGUUUGUCUCUGUGUUGCCCUGCAAUUUACUGGCGACCUGCUGAGGGUGUACCCCGCAUCUUGUCCGUAGACAGCUGGAGAUAGGCAACAUCAACCCUCAUGACCCCAGCAGGGAUAAAGCGUUACAGAAAAAAUGGAUGGAUAGCUAUUUUCCAUUAACUCCUCUGCCUUGUUAAGAAACAUUAAAAGCAUGAAAAUUUAGAUGUGAUGGUUGGGAUUUAAAUCAAACUAAUUUGUUUACAACACAAAGACUGGGAAACUGGUUGGGCACAAUCUAAUUAAUUAUUGAGAAUAAAUACAUGAAUUUCAGAGAUCCAACAACAAAGUGAAAAAAAAAUAAUCUGUUUUUUCAGUUCUUAAACAUUGUUCUCAUUAUAUAUUCUGAUCAUGACUGUUUCCUUGUGUGUGUUUUUUAAGAAAUAAGAGGUAGAUGUGCUGUGUCAUUGUUACUUAGAAAUUCAAUUCAUUAAAUAAAUAUAGUUUACCUUAUACAAGAAAUAAAUCAGAGUAUGACAUCAAACGUUCUUUGUUUUUUGUUUAAUCUGAAGUUGCCGGGGCUGGUCAUUAAAAAAGAGACACAGUAAGCAUUUAGAGAGCCGACAGGAAUGGAUUUCCUACUGUUGAGAAAUAUGGGCAUAUUCAAUAAAAAUAAGCAUAUCUAAAUGAAUUUGCUUUAGUUGCAAACUGAUUUUAAUGUAGCAUGGAGUUAAAUUGGCUUUAGAAUAUCUGUUUAUGA